GGCGAACAGUUCUAAACAAGGUAGACAAACUGAAUCGCUCAGACUCGAGGCACAGGGGUGGUAACAGACGGAGAGGGACAGAAGUAGAGAGUGCAGGUUGCAGACAGCGUGAAUCGCUCAGAGAGACCAAGACGCAGUUGCAACAACAGACAGGGACAACGGGUAGGGAGUGCAGGAUACAGACAGUGUGAAUCACUUAGAGAGAACAACAGACAGAGAGGAACAGGGGUACAGACACAGAAAGAGUGAGAGGAACACCGAUAUUAGAAGACACAGAAGGCAAUUCAGGAGGGAGAGGCACUGGUAGAUAGAAAUAUAGGGAAGGAGAGAGAGAGAGAGAGAGAGAGAGAGAGAGUUUGCAUUGUACAGUUAGAGUGAUAGGAAUAAUACAGAGAAAUAGCCAGCAGACACAUUCCUGAGUGCUAUAUUCGGGAAAAUUAGGUGGCAUUCUAAAAGGGGAGCAAGGUUAGCCCAGCGCUCCUGCAGGCAAAGCAGAAGGAAAGGGCUACAUCGACACUGAGAUGGAGGCCACCCCUGUGAAAUGGUAAUCAGGACGAGUUGCCCGUUUCCUAGUGGAGCCAAUCUUAAAUCAGGAAACCUCCUCAGAGGAAAGAGGACUCCGUCGUCUGCUUGGAAAAGGACAAAGACUGGGGGAGAAAGGCAUGAGCAUGGCGGGUAGUAACCAGACCCAGGACUGCUACGGACUUCAGGACCUGUGCUGCAGCUACCUCAUGUGGGUUAUCUGUGGAGUCACUGUGGUUCUGCUACUGGUCUCGCUCUCCUGCAACAUUGUCUGCUACGCACAGAGUUACAGACGGGGUAACCCGAGCAAGUUCCUUCCUAACUUCCGGAGAAGCUUCAAGUCCGAAGAAGUUGAGGACAAUCCUGUAUAUGGGAACAUCAACUACCUUUACACAGGGAUGGAGAGAGGGAGUAUUCCACGGUCACUGGAAAAUGAGAGGGAACGCAAGCGACAGAUCUGCUACGCCAAACUCGAGCUCCCUGCGUCACGUGACCACAAGGGCCGGAAGCUGACCAAGACACAAUACACCGACAUCUUGAACAUACUGACGAGCAACCACAAGAAGCAGACGGUGAUGGAGGGGACCUUAGGGCCACGGAAGGAUAGCUCCCAAAGCAACAUCCUGUCUCCAACCUCGAACUGUGAACUCCUGGACCUCGGACCCUCUGACCUCUACGCUUCUGUGCGUCUGGGGAGGCGGGAGGACAAGGUCUGGGGGGAGGAGUAUGUCAACAAAGAGAGCCUCAAAAUCCAGUGAGGACGGACAGCGGAAUUGGGAACCUGCACUCGGGUGCUGCCUGAGCUGGCGAGUGUUUCCAACAUCUUCUGUUCGAUUUCCCCCACAGUGUGACGGAUGAUCCGCUUUCCUGAUGUUGGUUCAGGGAUAAGUGAUGGUCAUUAAGAUCGCCAGGGAGAGCUCACCCCUGUUCACCUUCCAGGGGUGGGCAGAUGAUCUUCUGCAUUGUACCCGAGAGAGGAGACGGAGCCAGAAAUUAGGAUGUGGCAGGACUGCCUCAACACCGUCCCUCCAAUACUGCCGCUCUCCCUUAUCUCCUCGCUUCCCGCUGUGUAGCUCUCCCUCACCGCCCCUCCCACAGUGAGGCACUCCCUCACCGCCCCUCCCACAGUGAGGCACUCCCUCACCGCCCCUCCCACAGAGGUACUCCCUCAGUACUGCCCCUCCCACAGUGUGAUGCUCCCUCACCAUCCCCCCCGCGGUAUGGCCCACCCUCACCGCUCCUCCUGCAGUGUGGCGCUCCCUCACCAUCCCCCCCGCGGUGUGGCGCUCCCUCACUGCCCCUCCCGCGGUGUGGUGCUCCCUCCUCACCGACCGCCACGGUGUGGCCCACCCUCAGUACCACCCCUCCCCCUCCUCCAGUGUGGCGCUUUCUCACUACUCCUCCCAGUGUGGCAC